ACAUGGCAUUCAAAUACAUCGUCUUCGCCACUCUCUUGACCUUCGCCCACGCUGGCGCCCCCUUGGGCUACGCCGCCGCCCCCAUCUCCUACGCCGCCGCCCCAGCGCUCUCCUACCACGCUCCCGCCGUAGCCUCGUAUCACGCUCCCGCCGUAGCCUCCUAUGCCGCCCCCGCCGUUGCCGCAUACCACGCUCCCGCCGUCGCCGCCUACGCCGCUCCCGUUGCCAAAGCCGUAGUUGCUGAGCCCUUCGCCCCCGCCCACUACGAUUUCGCCUACGGUGUCAACGAUCCUCAUACUGGUGACAGCAAAACCCAGCAUGAAUCUCGUCGUGGAGAUGUUGUCCAGGGAAGUUACUCCUUGGUGGACCCUGAUGGUACCAGACGUACUGUCGAGUAUGCCGCCGAUCCCCAUAACGGUUUCAAUGCUGUUGUGCACAAGGAACCUCUUCACGUUAAGGCUGUAGCUCCCGUUGCCGCUCCUGUAGCGUAUGCCGCUCCUGCUGUCGCCAGUUAUGCCGCUCCUGCGAUCGCCAGCUACGCUGCUCCCGCUGUAGGAGUAGGAUAUGCCGGUGGAUUGGGAUAUGCCGGUGGGUUGGGAUAUGCCGGUGGAUUGGGAUAUGCUGGUGGAUUUGGAUAUUCCAAGGGCUUCUAUUGA